UUCUUCCUUGUGUAUCGCACAAACGCUUCAAAUUGAAAUAUACCACCACCGGAGCAUCAAUCGUUACACUCACAUUCACACACACCCAGAGGGAACAACAAUAUUAGGGACAAGUAGAAACAUUCUGUAGUGGCAUCAUGAGACACAGCAAUGGUCGGGGGGUUCCCGCUGAGGAAAGCGAAUUGCGGACAUCGCCGGUGAUCAACCGGAUCCGACCCCGCCGUGAAGCACAAGCCUACCGCAUCGCCUAUUCGUGUGAGCACGCCGCGCGCAUUUUCCGGAGUACUAAACGGCGCAUUCGAUGGUCAUUCGGGCUUACCAACGUGAAUGCUUUGCGAGACGGCGGUAAAGGCUUGGACUGUCGGGGGGAAGAGCACGCCGUCGAGCUGGUUUGGAGCGUUCGCAGCGGAAAGACACGGGUUUUCUGGAACGGAAGGGAUAUUUCGAAUCUGUUUCGGGGCGGGAAUCGAUCCGGAAUGGUCGAGUUUGCUUGGAAUACUCGAACGGAGGAAUCUCUGAGGAUCGUCGCCCACGCGGAACCCCGUCGAGGAGUCCGGCAAUACGAUCUGUUGGUGGACGGAAUCAGUGUUUUCAACCUGCCCAAGUUGGCCGAAAUUGGACAACCUUUGUCGGCCACUUCAACCCCGUGGGAGCUUCCCUUGGACACAAGCCACGAAACCGAGUCCCGAUCGCCACGGUCGUCUCCGAUACCGGUGCACACGAUCGACUGCAUUGAAUCGAUCGAUAGCAUGGAGCACCAGACUUGGACGGAUGCCGAUCAGGCCAAAGCUCGGCUCGCGAGUGUUGGUCUAGCGUUACAUCCAGACACUGAAGAGAGCGACGAUUUGCACUCGGAUUUGUACUCGCCCAUCGUUAAUUCGAUGCGCAACCUGAUCACGGCGCACCUACCACAAACGGAGGAAACCGUCUCGCGGGCGUUUACGAAUGCACUGAUCAAGGAUAGUGAUUCGUAUACGAGCGAAUCGUCCCUUUCGGAUUCGAGUUGUCUUCACGACGCGAUGCAAAUUGAAGUCAACGCGCUAUGGGAAGCCUUCCGGUGGGUCAGGUCCAAUGCCGAUCAAAUCAUGUUUUCGGACGGCGAGGAGUUACAGCUCGAGUACAUGCGUGAGCAAAUCGAAGCGGUGUUUGCCAAAGUAUGUCACGAAUGUUUGACACCGGGAGAAGCUUCGCGUAUUCUUUUGCACGUCGGUGCCAUUCUUGGUCUCAAGUUUCAUCGCAAUAUUCUCAUGGAUACCAUUCUCGUGGACGGCUUGUCCAAUUACUGCACCGUAAACGACCUGGAAGCUGCGUUACGGCCGUUUGGCCGGAUCGUUUCGAUUGCCAUGGUCCAGGGACAUGGUUUCGGAUGUUGCCGAUUCGUAGACGACGGUCCGCUGCUGCGGUUACAACGGAGAGGGCUUACGUUUACGAUUGCCGGAACGAAAGCGCAAGGCAUGGUCAUUUCUAGUCUUCACGAAUUCAAUACCAGCACACGUUAUUCUCAAGGAGAGAACGGAGAGUUUUCCGAAGAAGAGCAUUCCGACCAGCCUACAAUGCAGCGGACUUCCGCUUGCAUCAUGCCAUCGAGUCUCACCGCUGCUUGUCUGGACUAG